GUGGUAGUGCGUUGUGCAUUUUAUCAAUUUUAUGCAGUUGUUCAUUCCAAAAUAGGAUGAAGUACAUAGGAAGACAGUACUUAACAGACGGCAGCUUUAAAAAGAUAUAUUCAAUUCCAAGUUAAUAAUUUACGAAUGAAGUCCUCACGUUUAUUUCGAAGCAGGGAAAGCACCGGCGGUGGAAGAAGAUUUUAUUCAAUUACAGAACUUAUGUUUUCAGAUAUAAAUGUUGACUAUAUCAUAAGUUUCUUAGCGUUUUCCAAUAGAAAAGAUACGCAGUCAUGUCUCCAGUCACCAAUGGAAUAAACGGACACGAUUUUACCGUUGAAUCACUAGCGGAUAAAAUACUCAGCAGAGUAGAAUCGAAUGACCCCUUCUUUUCGCUCGAAUUUUUCCCGCCACGCACGGAACAAGGGGCCGCUAAUCUGAUCGGAAGAUUUGACAGAAUGAGGGCAGGAGGUCCUCUAUUCGUUGACAUCACAUGGCAUCCAGCUGGUGAUCCUGGCUCUGAUAAGAUCACUUCCUCCACUAAGAUUGCAGGGACAGUGUUGAACUACUGCGGCCUCGACACAAUGCUGCAUAUGACUUGUGUGAAACAAACAAAGGAAACUAUUAAGAAGAAUUUGGAGAAAACCAAAAACUUGGGAAUCAGAAACAUUCUGGCUCUGCGUGGAGAUGCUGAUGAAAGCUGGGGUUACCAAGAAGGAGGGUUCAACUACGGGGUGGACUUGGUCCGUUUUAUUAAACAAGAGUAUGGUGAUGCUUUCUCCAUAUGUGUUGCAGGUUAUCCCAAUGGUCAUCCAGACAGCACAUCCUACCAAGACGAUCUUCUUCACUUGAAAGAGAAGAUUGAUGCGGGAGGCCAAUUCAUCAUCACGCAACUCUUCUUCACUGCUGAGGAGUUCCUCACCUUCGUGAAAGAUUGUCGAGAAAUUGGGAUCGACUGCCCCAUUAUUCCUGGGAUAUUUCCAAUCCAGACGAACCGUUCAUUAGUUCAACUUACAAAGUUAUCAAAACUUUCUAUUCCCGAAGAAAUUCAAAAAGUUAUUGAACCUAUAAAGGACAAUGAUGCUGCAAUCAGAAAAUAUGGAAUUGACCUUGCAACAGAUAUGUGUCGUACACUUCUAAACUCCGGCAAAGUUCAUGGCUUGCAUAUGUAUACCUUGAACCUGGAGACUGCCACAAUUCAAAUCCUGAAAAAUCUUGGCUUAUGGUGCCAGGAUGUUGCAAAACCUCUUCCCUGGAAGACAUCUGCCAAUCCUGAGAGACGAGAGAAUGAGACAGUUCGUCCAAUCUUCUGGUGUGAUCGACCGAAGAGUUACAUCCAUAGGACACAGGGAUGGGAUGAAUUUCCUAACGGAAGAUGGGGUGACUCUGCUUCUCCUGCUUUUGGUGAGUUGAAAGAUUACCAUCUUUUCUUUCUCCGUUCGAGAACAGCUAAAGAUAAGUUGAGAUCACUGUGGGGAAAGGAGCUUACAUCAGAAGCAGAUGUUUGGAAAGUCUUUAAACAUUUUAUCACUGGAGCAGUUAAUGAGAAUGGAGUUAAGGUCACAGAAACCCCAUGGAACGAUGACGGUUUAUCACCCGAAACAAAUGUAUUGAGCAGUACACUGUCGCGUUACAAUGAACUUGGAGUUUUAACGAUAAAUUCUCAACCAAAUGUGAAUGCGGUGCCUUCUACACAUCCAAUAUAUGGCUGGGGAGACAAAGGUGGAUAUAUUUCACAAAAAGCCUACCUUGAGUUCUUUAUCAACAAACAUUAUGCUGAAGCUCUUAAAACUGUGUUGCCGAAGUAUCAUCCACGGGUCAACUAUCACAUGAUCAACAAAUGUGGGACAACUGAUCACACCAAUGCAGAUAGAAGCAACCCAAAUGCAGUAACAUGGGGCAUUUUUGCAGGAAAAGAGAUUAUACAACCCACUGUAGUAGAUCCAGUCAGUUUUAUUGUUUGGAAGGAUGAAGCAUUUGGUUUGUGGCAUGAACGAUGGGCUUCCUUGUAUGAAAAAGGCUCAAAGUCUCGUGAAAUCAUCAACGACAUAGCUGACAACUAUUACCUUGUUAACUUGGUGGAUAACGACUAUCCUGCUGAUUCCAUUCUGUGGGAAGUGUUAGAUGAAAUGCUAGCGGCUUCACAGAAAGUUGACAUGGGCAAGAAAAGCAAUGGUGUUUGUGGAGAAAAUGGCACCCAGAAAAUUGAAGAGCUUCAAAUCCAUUAAAUUCCCAGAAUACAAUUUUCAAUUGGCUUGCCAGUUUAAUGGAAUGUUUUCAGUUUAUUUUUUGAAAUCAUUUUUAUACCUAGUUGUUAAUUUUAUGUCUAUGUUCCAUUGUUUUUUGUUUGAUGAUGUAAAAAUGCCUACUAUGUAGGUUUGUAUGAAUUUGCAGUAUCCAAGCUACUUCUUACCACCUAGCCAAUAUUAAUUCUUUCAUAAUUAUACCUGUAUAUUUGACUAUCUAAAAUGAAGCUGUUGUGUUAAAUUUUGACUACUAUACUAACUACUUUUUUGAAACUAUAAGUUUUCACUGGUGAUUUAAAAUUGUGCUAGAUUUUUUAGUUAUGUUCCACUAACUAAUGUGUAUGUUUCCAAAACUAUACUGAAUGUGUGUAUGUUCUGUUCCAUUCAUUAAUAGUUGUAUGUACGUUCCCAACCUAUACUAGCAUGCCCUAUCGCCUGCAAAAUCAAUAAAAGAUUUAUUG